CGCCUAUUAGGGUAAGGUUACCAGAUUUUUUUCAAUGAAUCCGGGGACACUUUUCAAUUUCAAUAGGAAUGAUAGGAUUUUGUCAGGGGACGUCUGGUAACCUUCUUUUAGGGGCCUCUUGAAAACGGAUCAAAAAUAAUAUUGAUUUGACCUUGAGAGCAAAUUGCAACCAAUCUUCCUUAGUUCAAUGUUAUCCCACUAGAGCUCACGCACGAGGCUCUCUCCUCCCCACCCUGAAAUUUUAACUGCCUAGGGGCCUCCACAGGGUUGAAUCCAGCACUGAGGGACGUCCUUCCAUACCCUCCAAUAUUUCUCCGGUGAAAAUAGGGGCGUCCUAUGGGAAAUUGGGACAUUCCAAGGAACUGGGACAGCUUCUGUAAAUCCGAGGCUGUCCCUGGAAAAUAGGGACACAUGGAAGGUCUGCUUGCAAAUGUGCUUCAUCCUCUGUCUUGCUCUCCUCCACACAUUUGGCCAACUUCCCCCUGCCUUAUACCCAGACGCUUUGCCGCUUCUCCCCACCACUCAGUUAACUCCUUCCUGUCCUCCUUGGCCCCACAAGGCUGAGCCCACCAAGCUCCUCUUUGUGUUUGACCCCCCUGCUCUUCCGAUCGAGCUUUCUGCAAGUCGCUGGUCACUCCCAGACCAUAGUUAUUUAAAGAGUAUAUGGGAUGGCAGGUAUGUCUUGGUCAUUAAACAGGUCCAGGAUAGGGAACCUGUGUCUCUCAAGAUGUUGUUAGACUACAGCUUAUGGUUGCCAUACAGUCGUACGUGGGAAGCUGAACGGAAUCUGUUCCGGAAGUCCGUUCGACUUCCAAAACAUUCGGAAACCAAUCGUGCACACGAUCGGAAGCCGCGGAAGCUACGUUGGACGUUCAGCUUCCCCAAAACGGUUGCAAACUGGAACACUCACUUCCGGGUUUGUGGCGUUUGGGAGCCAAAACAUUCAAGUCGCAAGGCAUUUGACUUCCGAGGUACGACUGUAUUUCAAAAAGUAAAAACCAGGACACCUGAGCUUUUUUUUAGGAAAGCCCCAAAGUUGUUGAGGUGUUUUGUUUUGUUCUACAAAAACGCAAAAACAACAACCCUGCGAUUUUUUGAUUGACUUGUCAAAGAUUCAGGAUAAGGUGCCGCCUUUAGGAAAUCCCCCCUGGAUGUCAAUGCCACCAUUGAAAUCCCACUAAUGUCGGGAAAAUUCGGACAUAUGGCAGCCCUACUGCAUCUUAGCCGUGUGACUGAUGGGAGCGGGAGUCUGACAACAUCCAGGGCCUCCGAGGUUUCUUAAACACCCCUUUAAGAAACCCUGGAGAGCUUCUGCCUGUCAGUAUAGACAGCACUGGGCUAGACCAACCAAUUGUCUGGCUCCAUGUAAAUCAGCUUCCUGUGUUCCUCAAGGGAAGGGGCGUAGCUCCUGCUUUGCAUGCAGAAUGACCUCACAUUCAAUCUCCAGGAAGGGGUAAUAGAGGGGUUCCCUGCCUGAAAUCCUGGAGAGCCACUGCCAGUCGUAGAAUCGCAGAAUCAUAGAGUUGGAAGAUACCCCCAAGCGUAAUCUCGUCCAAUCCCCUGCAAUGCAGGAAUCUCAGCUAAAGCAUCCAUGACAGACGGCCGUCCAACCUCUCCUUAAAAACCCCAAAUGAAGGAGAGUCCACAACCUCCUUUCUUGUAACUUGAAGACAUUGGUUUGAGUCCUAUUCUCCAGAGCAGGAGAAAACGAAGCUUGCUCCAUCUUCCACGUAACAGUUCUUAAGAUAUUUGAAGAUGGCUAUCAUAUCUCCUCUCAGUCGCCUCUUUUCCACGCUGAACAUACCAAGCUCCUUCAACCAUUCCUCAUCAGGCUUGACUGCCAAACCCUUGAAAAUACAGUGGUACCUUGGGUUACAGAUGCUUCAGGUUACAGAUGCUUCAGGUUACAGACUCCACUAACCCAGAAAUAGUACCUCGGGUUAAGAACUUUGCUUCAGGAUGAGAACAGAAAUCAUGGCACGGUGACAGUGGAAGGCCCCAUUAGCUAAAGUGGUACUUCAGGUUAAGAACAGUUUCAGGUUAAGAACAGACCUCCAGAACGAAUUAAGUACUUAACCCGAGGUACCACUGUACUGAGUUGGAUGGACCAAUUGGAUACCACUGUACUGAGUUGGAUGGGCCAAUGGGGAAAGACUAUAGCGAAGGGGGUAGAGCAAUUAUUUCACAUGAGAUGGUCCUAAUGUUCAGUUCCUGGCAUCUCCAGGUAGGGCUGGGAAUGUCCCUUGCCUGAGACCUAAGGAGCUGCUGCCAGUCAGUGCAGACAAUAUUAAGCUUCUUAGUAUAAGGUAGCUUCCUAUGCCCUGCUUUUUGUGUGUGUGUGUGUGUGUGGGACACCUUUUUGUGGGACACCUGCCUAGCGCACAGUCCUCCUCCGACUGUCUAAAAGAGAAAUAACUGUGAAAUGAGGGAAGAGGUUUUCCCCAAAUUGCUGCUUUGAUGCUGAGCUGGAGAUGUUCCCGGUAGGAACCGCUUUGCAUAUUUGACAUUGUUUGGCCUGCGGUUAUGAAAUCUGGGAAGGUUGCCACCCGUCACUCAGAACCGAGGGGAAUUCUGGUGACGUUGGCUGGGCAAAACUGCACGAAUCAAACAAUAGCACAUGGGAGCUGUGGGUGGCCAGCGAGGGAGGUAGCAUCCAGCUAUAGUAGCCUGGAAGAGGAGGAGCAGAGAGUAAAGAAAACCAGGGGAGAGUAAGCAGAGGGCAUUUGCAAUUCGCUCUCAGGACUGGUGGUGUUUGGGGAGGGGGAAACCCAGAGGGAUGAUUACGACCAUCAGGUGAGGCCACCAAGGGCCCAUCUAUUUCACAUCUAUAUUUCUCAUUUAUAUAUUUAUUUCGAUCAAUUACAAGUAGAGAAGGUAGGAAGCAAAACAGAGCACGUAAAACCCAAUAGGAUACAUUAAGCACACUAUUAAAUGUAGAAUUAAAAACAACAUAAAAUAUUAAGACCAUAAGGUGAGGCUACCAAUGGUCCAUCUAUUUCACAUCUAUAUUUUUCAUUUAUCUAUUUAUUUCGAUCAAUAACUAGUAUGGAAGGUAGGAAGCAAAACAGAGCACGUAAAACACAAUAGGAUACAUUAAGAACACUAUUAAAUCUAGAAUUAAAAACAACGUAAAAUGUUUUUUUUUAAAAAAAAAACAGUGAGAAAUAUAAAAUAAUUAUAUCAAAGCAGUAAGAAAACAAUGUUUUAAAAAUAACCCUGUUCUCGCAGUGGAGGCAGAGGAUAGCCACUGUGACUAGCAGCCAUUGAGAACAGUUGUCCUCACAUGAAUUUGUCCAGUCCUCUUUCAAAGGUAUAAUAAUAAUAAUAAUAAUAAUGAUGAUGAUGACAUCCAAGUUGGUGACCAUCACUGCAGCAGUGAGUUCCACAGUUUAACACUGCGCUCCCUGAAGUAGUCCUUUCUUUUAUCUGUGUUCAUGAAAAUAAUGCGCAAAGAUGCAUUAUGGCAGAGGGAAUUCCUUGCAAAAUAAGUGAAUAACUAAAAGUAAAGGUAAAGGGACCCCUGACCAUUAGGUCCAGUCAUGACCAACUCUGGGGUUGUGGCGCUCAUCUUGCUUUAUUGGCCGAGGGAGCCGGCGUACAGCUUCCGGGUCAUGUGGCCAGCAUGACUAAGCGAACCAGAGCAGCGCACGGAAACGCCGUUUACUUUCCCGCCGGAGCGGUACCUAUUUAUCUACUUGCACUUUGAUGUGCUUUCGAACUGCUAGGUUGGCAGGAGCAGGGACCGAGACACGGGAGCUCACCCCGUCACGGGGAUUCAAACCGCUGACCUUCUGAUCAGCAAGUCCUAGGCUCUGUGGUUUAACCCACAGCGCCAUCCGUGUCCCUUAAGUGAAUAACUACAUGUGUGCAUUAGGCAAAGUUGGCUCUGUCGCACAUUUAGCCCUGGGUAGCGUUUGGCAUUUGAAAUGCAGCAGAACUCAAGCCAGAGCGGCAUAUAAGCACCAGAGCCUCCUGCUUCUCUUUCUCUACUUCCUGUAUGUUUGGUUCUGGGGCACAUUGUUUCCCUACUGGACAGCAAACCCUGACACAUCCUUUCCUCCUCCUCCUCUUCCGCACAGGAGUUGUUCCUUUGCUGCUAGCCAUGCACUGCCGACUGGUGCCCGGAAAACCCCUCCUGAGGAACAGGCGGAACCUCAUGUGCGACAACAUCGGCCCUUGCGGAGAAACAGUCUUCAAUCAAAUUAAGUGCCAAGUGACACGUCUCAAUUUGUCAGCCCCGGGUCUCUUCGAUGCCUAUGUAAGUUUUGGGUAUAGAGGGGAGGCUGGGAACUUCAGGCACAGGAAUGUGGCCCUCCAGGGCAGUCUAGCUGGCCCUCAGGACUCUCCCCAGGCCACACCUGAUUUGCACCCUCCUUGAGUGUUUUUGCCUGGCCGGGAUAUGUCCCUGAAUUCUGAUGAUGCUCCUUACUCUCCUGGAUAGAGGAUGGAGAGAGAGUGUAUGUGUAGAAACUUGUCUGUUGUACAAAUUUGCAUUCAUAGAAUCAUAGAAUCAUAGAGUUGGAAGAGACCACAAGGGCCAUCGAGUCCAACCCCCUGCCAAGCAGGAAACACCAUCAGAGCAUUCCUGACAUAUGGUUGUCAAGCCUCUGCUUAAAGACCUCCAAAGAAGGAGACUCCACCACACUCCUUGGCAGCAAAUUCCACUGUCAAACAGCUCUUACUGUCAGGAAGUUCUUCCUAAUGUUUAGGUGGAAUCUUCUUUCUUGUAGUUUGGAUCCAUUGCUCUGUGUCCGCUUCUCUGGAGCAGCAGAAAACAACCUUUCUCCCUCCUCUAUGUGACAUCCUUUUAUAUAUUUGAACAUGGCUAUCAUAUCACCCCUUAACCUCCUCUUCUCCAGGCUAAGCAUGCCCAGCUCCCUUAGCCGUUCCUCAUAAGGCAUCGUUGCUCCACCAACAUUUGCUUCUGGUCCUGUCCUCCAAUGGCACAGGCCUUCCAGAAGGUUAUUUGUAAGGGAAUGUGGUCCUUCAACAAAAAAUGUGCAUCUCUUAAAGUUUGCAUCCAAAUGAAUAUCUUAGUAAAAACAAGAUACAAAAAUGCAUUAUGUCAGGGGAAAUUGAUUUUUUAAAAUGCAUACACAAGGGGCAAUUGCAUGCAAAAAUAUACGUGCUAGGAGAAAGUCAUCCUAAAUCGCUGAUGAAUUUUUACGAGGACCUUAAAAAGUAAAAUAAAAUCAACAGAUAUGGAAAUGUGUCAAAUUGAACCUAAGAUGGGAAGGAGAAAAUGAAAUCAGCAGAUUAAUCCACUCCCAGAAACGUGCUUCUUAAUUUGGUUUCAGGUGGGAUUUAACAAAGGCGCUUUACACACAUUGGUUCCUGCUCUCAAAUCUUGAUUGUUACUGCCAAUGGCCUGCAUUAAAGAAACAUUAUGAAAGAUAAAAGCACAUUAUCCAGAUCAUAGAAUCAUAGAAUUGUAGAGUCGGAAGGGACCACGAGGGUCAUCUAGUUCAACCCCCUGUGAUGCAGAAACAUAGGACUUGAACCCACAACCCGAGAUUAAAUGUCUCAUGCUCUCCUGACUAUUUUUGGCCAGAUGUGUAUAACAAGGGUAUAUUUUUUUUUAAAGCAGCAUAAAGUAAAGUAAAAUGGGUAUCAAUGCCAGCUCUUAAUUUGGUUCCUCCUUCUAUCCUGAGCAGCUGGAGAGCCAAGGCUCCCCCUUCAACAGAGCGGAGGUGAAAUCGCUUUGCGUCUCCAAAGACACUUUCCCCUCCUUCGACAACCGGACCAGGAAAGAGAUGCUGAUCUCGCUGUACAAGAUCUUCACCUUUUUCAACGCCUCCCUGGGCAACAUCACCAGAGACCAGGAAAACAACGACAGGAAGGACCUGCUGGAACGGCUCAGCAACACCACCGCCAAGACGCGAGGCCUCCUAGCCAACCUCACCUGCCUGUUGUGCUCCGAGUACAAAGUCACUGACGUGAAGGUUACCUACGGCUCGGAGGAAACGGGCGCGUUUGAGAAGAAGAAGCAGGGCUGCUGGGCCCUCAGGAUGUAUGCAGAGACCAUCCCGCUCAUCGCUCAGGCCUUGGGGAAAUGCCACAGGCAGAGAUGA